AUGACGACCUUUGAGGAGUUCCUCCGCAUGAUCCGCGAGGUCUUGUACUUCACGUGGAUUUACGGCGUCUGUCCGCUCCCUCUCCUGUUCUUGUUCGGCUCGACGUUCGUCUUGUCGUAUUGGUACGGCUGGAGAAUCUUCCUGGCUCCCUGUUCGCAGUCGGCCGAUUGCCUCGGUCCGGUAGACUCGUGCCGUCACCGUUCGCUCGGGCUCUCCCUCAUCAUUGUGCCUUCGGUCCUUGGGGCCUUCUGGAGUAUUCCGUGGAUCGGAAGGACAACAAACGCCGGAAGUUCUACACAAGAUGUGAGAUCUACCGACCCGUCCGGGGCCUACUACGACGACACAAUUGGCCGCUGCUUGCCUAUCUACGAUCAUUGGUGCUCGUGGUUUCCUGCGCCGAUUUGGGGUGGCUCCCAGAAAGCCUACUUGCUCGCUUUGGCCUUUUUACCUGUACACCUACUUGUCAGCACCGGGUUUACGUUCGGCCUAUUGGCAAUUCGGGAAGCCAGGGAUCGUGUCCUGUACGUUUACGCGGCCGUUGUGGGCAUGCUCUGCGGUUCCGGUACGCAUGUCCGCGCGAAGCAGACAGUCCCUACGCACUGGUGCGGCUGUCGAGGCGACGGUGCGUGA